GUCUGGGUGGGGGCAGCCAGGUGGGAUCUCCCUGCCCCAGUGAGGGGGGGGUCGCUUUGGGCUCCCCUGGGGGGCCAGGGUGUGUGGGCCCCGGGCUGACCCCAUUGCUCCUCCCCGCAGCUGCCCGUGGGGACGGGGCCGCCAUGAACCUGGAGCGGGUCCCCAACGAGGAGAAGCUCAACCUGUGCCGGAAAUAUUACCUGGGUGGCUUUGCCCUUCUGCCCUUCCUCUGGCUGGUCAAUGUGCUGUGGUUCUGCCGCGAGGCCUUCCUGGCGCCCGCCUACACCGAGCAGCCGCAGAUCAAGAGUUACGUCCAGCGUUCAGCCGUGGGGCUGCUGUUCUGGGUGGUCGUGCUGACCACAUGGGUCACCAUCUUCCAAACGCACCGGGCCCGGUGGGGCGAGCUGGGCGACUACCUGUCCUUCACCAUUCCGCUGGGCAUCCCCUGAUGGCGCCCCGCUCAGAGGGCAUCCAGGGGGCGCCCUCCAGCUGGGACCAGCAGGGCUCACGUUCCUGCCCCUCCUGCCAGAGCUGCCGUUCCUGGCCGGGGAUGCUGAUCCUCCAACGUGCCCGGUUCUGCCCCGUGAUCCCAGCUGGGCUGCAGGAGAAUCAAUAAAGCUGAGGCCCGUUUCCCCCUGUCCCCCUGGCUCUGCGGCUGUGUGUGGGAGCCGGCUGGGGGGUGAGUUCCUGGGGGACAGGUGUGUAGGGCCCAGAGAGGCAGCAGAGACAGGCAAGUGGGGGAGGGCAGCGUGUGAGGAAAGGGGGCGUCCCCACCACAAUAGUCUUGGCUCCUGCCUUUCCUGGGGGGACAUGCACAUUCCCUGCGGGGGUAGAGACCAGAGAGGUGGCAUGUAACUUCGUCUGGGUGAGAACUGGAGCCUGGCUGCCCAGCUGUGCGGUGGGAUGGGGCAGGGAGUGCUGGGACACAGCCA